AUGAGCUUCGGCUCGGAGCACUACCUGUGCGCCUCCUCCUACCGCAAGGUGUUUGGAGAUGGCUCUCGCCUAUCCUCGCGCCUCUCCAGCGCCGGUGGCGCGGGUAGCUUCCGCUCCCAGUCGCUGUCCCGCUGCAAUGUCGCCUCCUCGGCCGCCUGCUCCUCGGCCUCGUCGCUCGGCCUGGGCCUAGCCUACCGCCGGGCCCCGGCAUCCGACGGGCUGGACCUGAGUCAGGCGGCGGCGCGCACCAAUGAGUACAAGAUUAUCCGCACCAACGAGAAGGAGCAGCUGCAGGGCCUCAACGACCGCUUCGCUGUGUUCAUCGAGAAGGUGCACCAGCUGGAGACGCAGAACCGCGCGCUCGAAGCCGAACUGGCUGCGCUGCGACAGCGCCACGCCGAGCCGUCGCGCGUCGGCGAGCUCUUCCAGCGCGAGCUGCGCGACCUGCGCGCGCAGCUGGAGGAGGCGAGCUCGGCGCGCGCGCAGGCCCUGCUGGAGCGCGACGGUCUGGCGGAGGAGGUGCAGCGGCUUCGGGCGCGCUGCGAGGAAGAGAGCCGAGGGCGCGAAGGCGCCGAGCGCGCCCUGAAGGCGCAGCAGCGCGACGUGGACGGCGCCACGCUGGCCCGCCUGGACCUGGAGAAGAAGGUGGAGUCGCUGCUGGACGAGCUGGCCUUCGUGCGCCAGGUGCACGACGAGGAGGUGGCCGAGCUGCUGGCCACGCUGCAGGCGUCGUCGCAGGCCGCGGCCGAGGUGGACGUGGCUGUGGCCAAACCAGACCUGAGUUCGGCGUUGAGGGAGAUCCGUGCCCAGUAUGAGUCCCUGGCUGCCAAGAACCUCCAGUCAGCUGAGGAGUGGUACAAGUCCAAGUUUGCCAACCUGAACGAGCAGGCAGCGCGCAGCACCGAGGCCAUCCGGGCAAGCCGUGAGGAGAUUCACGAGUACCGGCGCCAGCUGCAGGCCCGCACCAUCGAGAUUGAGGGGCUGCGUGGGGCCAAUGAGUCCCUGGAGAGGCAGAUCCUGGAGCUGGAGGAGCGGCACAGUGCAGAGGUGGCUAGCUACCAGGAUAGCAUCGGGCAGCUGGAGAAUGAUCUGAGGAACACCAAGAGUGAGAUGGCUCGCCACCUUCGGGAAUACCAGGACUUGCUCAAUGUCAAAAUGGCUCUUGAUAUUGAGAUUGCCGCUUACAGGAAACUGCUGGAAGGCGAAGAGACACGUUUUAGCACCAGUGGAUUAAGCAUUUCAGGGCUAAAUCCACCUCCCAAUCCGGGUUAUCUGCUCCCACCUAGAAUCCUCAGUUCUACAACCUCCAAAGUCUUAUCCACUGGGCUGUCUCUUAAGAAAGAGGAGGAGGAGGAGGAAGAGGCUUCUAAGGUGGCCUCUAAGAAAACCUCCCAGAUAGGAGAAAGUUUUGAAGAAAUACUGGAGGAGACGGUCAUAUCUACUAAGAAAACCGAGAAAUUGAAUAUAGAAGAAAGUACCACUUCAAGCCAAAAAAUUUAAUUCUGUUGCUUUAAUAAGGUUAAUGCUUAAGAGGGGAUAAUAUGCAUUCGACUUGUUAAAGAGCCUAUUCCUGAACCAAAACACCUGUCACCACUAUAAAAUGUCUUCAAGGCUUCAGUCUCCUAUUUAGCAUUGAAUCCUUACUUUCUCUAAUAAGAAAAGCACCCCUUAGGUUGGAGCAAGCUGCAGUCCUAGCACAACCACAGAGGAGUUAUCUAAGAAUUCCGCUUUCUCACCUAAAGCUCAGGCUUCACAGCAUUAGAUGAUUCAGGUACAGAGGAAGUACAAAUCAAGGUGCUAAAUCUGUGAUCAUCGUCAUUUGCUGUGAAUUGAAAUUAAAACCUGUAUUUGCUCGCUAUACCCAGACAUUACCCCGCUAUAUAGUCUCACUCUAGGUACAUAAAACAUAAGAUCACUGCCAAAGGUAAACCAAUGGUCCACAUCCAACACCAUUCUGACAAAACUGCUUCACAAGUGAUAGGUGUUUGUUUAAUGGACACUUCCUCCCACCUCUCACAAUUCCUUGUAUCCUUUCUUCCAUUCAGGAAAAAAAACAAAAAAAGAGGCUAGUGUAGUAUUCUUCCCCCUUAAACACAUUUAGGUUCUUCUCAAAAGAACUUACCCCCUUUAGCUCUCUCUGUUCAAUGGGUAAAAUUAGAUGCAUGUUGACCAUUUCUGUGAUUCGUGGAAUGACUUCUCCCUACCCAUUUCAUGUCCUUCCAAUUCUGUAAGGAAAAAAGAAAAAAGAAAAAAAAAGCAGUGAUAAGUUUUAAGGGUCACCCCAACAAAUACAAUAAUGAAAGGAGUCCCUAGAUUUUAGGCUUUCAGCUUAUUCAAAUCCAUUUAAUUAGGGGGAAAAAAAGUACUUUAUUCUGAAUGUAGCUGUUCACUUUAACUUUAGAAACACACUAAUAGUGUCCCAAGCUGUGAUUAAGCUGACCUUAGAUUUAGUAGUAUAAGCUAGAAGAGGUGAGUAUUUGUGUGGAUGGGAAAAGCCAAGGUCUCAUUGCUCUGUGUCAGUUCAUUUGUGGUGAUCUAGAAUUAGCUCUUUCGUACCCUGACCCUUAGAACCCACUUAUCCCCUUUUCCACAGUCUAGGUCCUAACAAGGCCUUGCUUUUACUCUCCUAUGCCUUUGAAGAACGCUAAGUGUAAUUAUAUUAUCCCCAGAAACCAUGCUACUGCCCCAAAGUAAAAGAAGUCACCUCUGGUCAAUCAACACCACCGGCAAACAUGAAAAAGAAAUCUUUCUCUUGUCUUAAUAAAAGAGUCCUGCCCAACAGUUUUCCCAUUGCUGCAUGGUUGGUGGGGUCUCCCUUCCCUACUGGAGAGGCAGCGACGCCCAGACUAGAGAAGGGGUACAUAUGCUCCUACUCACGUGCUAGGAAGUACAUUCUGGAGAGUCAGCUUUUCAUCUGCCCAACUGUGUAGCAGCCGCAUUGCCCAGUCUUCCAUGUACAUGUGCCAAGUUUGAUGUCGGGUUAAUUCUCUGUUUGCAUUCACUUCCACCAGACCUAAAGAGUUGCCAGGUCUCUGUCACGCAUCUCCAUUCACAAACAGAUAGGGCGUGAUGCUUUUACUAAACUUUCUUAUCCUAGGACCUGCUGCAAUGGUUCAAGGAACUGGAAAGAUGCUUUCUCUUCUUCCUUUCCCUCACUCCAUCCCUGUCUUUACUCCUCAGACUUCCUGUAAAACAUUAGUAAGAUAAGAAUUAAAAGUCACACGCAUCCCACCAACAUAA